AUGGAUAUAUCUGACGUCCUCCGGAUCAUUGCCGAACUGAGCAGUCGGGCUGCUCGAGCCGAUCGUGACCAGCAGAGGCGGAACCACGAUCAUCGCUCCACACGAGAGGCCUUGAAGCAAACCACGGCCGACCUGGAGGAAGUGGCCAAACUGGCAGAUGUUCUUUACGAGACGUGCCAUCGGAUGGGCACCGUGAUCGACUACCUACUGAAGGAGCGCGGCGUGAAUGGCCAAGAAUCGGACCCCUUCGAAAUGAUACUGAGUCACGUACUCAACGCGCUGGAAGACCAAGGGGGGGAAGGGAGGCCACGUCUUGGUGGUGGCAGCGGGCAACAGCAUUCACAGAUGGCUCAAGCCACAGGAUCUGGCCCUGGCCCGAGAGAGUUGCGUGAAGAAAAGGGGAGCCCGCGAUAG